GCCUUAGUAGUUGUUGUACAAACAUGCCAGCUAAAGGUCCUUUACAGUCGGUUCAAGUUUUUGGCCGCAAAAAAACUGCUACUGCUGUGGCACACUGUAAGAGGGGGAAUGGUUUGAUUAAAGUAAAUGGAAGACCCCUAGAAAUGAUUGAGCCAAGGACUCUACAGUACAAGUUGCUUGAACCAGUGCUGCUUCUGGGGAAGGAACGAUUUGCUGGAGUUGACAUCCGAGUCCGUGUCAAAGGGGGUGGACAUGUAGCACAAGUUUAUGCUAUUCGUCAGGCUAUCUCAAAAGUGGUGGCUUACUAUCAAAAAUAUGUUGAUGAGGCAUCCAAGAAAGAAAUCAAAGAUAUUCUUAUCCAGUAUGACCGAACUCUCCUGGUUGCCGAUCCUCGCCGUUGUGAGGCAAAGAAAUUCGGUGGACCUGGUGCCCGUGCUCGCUACCAGAAGUCUUACCGUUAAAAUGUUACCUUGUAAACAAUAAAUUUUGUAAAUACA